GCUUUCCGCCGGAGGCGGGGCAGGGCCGGCGGGCCGAUGGCGGGCGGCGGCGGCCGGCGCGGGCGGGAGCAGCUGGAGCUGGAGCGGCUGGGCCCGGCGGCGCGGCCCGGCUCCUGCCCGCCGUCGCCGCCGCUCUCCGCCUGCUCGCGGCAGGCCUGGAGCCGGGACAACCCGGGCUUCGAGCCCGAGGAGGACGCGGCGGCGGCGGCGGCGGCGGGGCCGGUGCUGGAGAUGGACGUGGAGUGGGGCAGCCGGGCCGCGUCGUCGCUGGGCAGCGGCGCGGGGCCCGCGGCGGGCGGCGGGCGGAGGGCGCGGCGGGGCCCGGCGGGCCGCGGCGGGGCUGAGGGGCCGGGCCGCCCGCCCGCGCCGCCCGACGGAGCCGCGCCCCGCGGGGCGGCCUGGGCCAAGCGCCUGGCGCGGAGACUGCGAGGUCUGUGGGGGACAAGACUCAUGGAAGAGAGCAACACCAGCAGAGAGCGGUACUUGAGGAGUGUUUUACGGGAGCUGGUCACGUACAUGGUUUUCCUCGUGGUCCUGUGUGUCUUGACUUAUGGGACAGUGAGUUCCAGUAUGUACUAUUAUACAAGGGUUAUGUCACAGCUCUUCCUGGAAACACCUGUGUCAAAAACAGAGAGAACUGAUUUCAAAACUUUGUCCACAAUGGAUGACUUCUGGAAGUUCACAGAAGGCCCUUUGCUGGAUGGUCUUUACUGGGAGAUGUGGUACAACAACAAAACCAUGGCAGAAAACAAAAGCUUCAUUUAUUAUGAGAACCUGCUCCUAGGGGUGCCUCGCAUUCGGCAGCUGAAAGUCAGGAAUGGUUCGUGCUCCAUACCUGAAGAUUUAAAGGAUGAAAUCAAAGACUGCUAUGAUGUCUAUUCUGUAGCUAAUGAAGAUACUGCUCCUUUUGGACUCAGGAAUGGAACAGCCUGGACGUACACCAAUGAGAAGGAUUUGAAUGGGAGCAGCCACUGGGGCUUGAUUGCCACGUACAGCGGGGCUGGUUAUUACCAGGACCUCUCAAGGACCAGAGAAGUGACAGCCCUGCAGAUUGCCAGCCUGAAGAAGAACCUGUGGCUGGACAGAGGGACCAGAGCAGCCUUCAUUGAUUUCUCUGUGUACAAUGCAAACAUCAACCUAUUCUGUGUGGUCAGGUUGCUAGUGGAGUUUCCAGCCACUGGAGGCCUGGUUACAUCUUGGCAGUUUCAGCCUGUGAGGCUGAUUCAUUACAUCUCCACUUUUGAUUUUUUCCUGGCAGCCUGUGAAAUGUCCUUCUGUCUUUUUGUUCUGUAUUAUAUGGUGGAGGAAGUCUUAGAAAUUCGCAUUCAUAGACUGCGCUACUUCAGAAGUCUUUGGAAUUGCCUUGACAUCCUUAUCAUUGUGCUGUCUGUGGUAGCUAUAGGAAUUAGCAUCUAUAGGACAUCAACUGUUGAUAUGCUCCUGAAGAAGCUGCUGGAAGAUCAGAACUCAUUCCCCAAUUUUGAGCCCUUGGCAUAUUGGCAAAUGCAGUUCAACAACAUUGCUGCAGUCACAGUGUUUUUUGUCUGGAUUAAGCUUUUCAAAUUUGUUAACUUCAACAGAACAAUGAGCCAGUUAUCCACCACGAUGUCCCGCUGCGUCAAGGAUGUUAUUGGCUUUGCCAUUAUGUUUUUUAUUAUUUUCUUAGCAUAUGCUCAGUUGGCCUAUCUUGUCUUUGGCACUCAAAUUGAUGACUUCAGUACUUUCCAGGACUGCAUAUUUACUCAGUUCCGCAUCAUUUUGGGAGACUUCAACUUCACAGAGGUUGAAGAAGCCAAUCGAAUUUUGGGACCCAUUUAUUUCACUACAUUUGUGUUCUUUAUGUUCUUCAUUCUUUUGAACAUGUUUUUGGCCAUUAUCAAUGAUACCUACUCUGAAGUCAAAUCAGAUAUGGCACAACAGAAGGCAGAAAUGGAAUUGUCUGACCUUAUCAGGAAGGGCUACAACAAAGCCAUGAUCAAACUUAAACUGAAGAAAACUACUGUUGAUGACAUUUCAGAAAGUCUGAGACAAGGUGGAGGGAAGCUCAAUUUUGAUGAACUCCGGCAGGAUCUCAAAGGGAAGGGGCACACGGAUGCAGAAAUUGAAGCAAUAUUUACCAAAUAUGAUCAAGAUGGGGACCAGGAAUUGACAGAGCAUGAACAUCAGCAGAUGAGAGAUGACCUGGAGAAAGAGAGGGAGGAUCUUGACCUGGACAGGAGCUCUCUGCCACGUCCUCUGAGCAGCCGCAGCUUCCCCCGCAGCUUGGAUGACUCUGAGGAGGAUGAGGAUGAGGACAGUGGGCACAGCUCCAGGAGGAGGGGCAGCAGCUCUAGUGGGGUUUCCUAUGAAGAGUUCCAAGUGCUGAUGAGGCGGGUGGAUCGCAUGGAGCAUUCCAUCGGCAGCAUCGUCUCCAAGAUCGAUGCCGUCAUCGUGAAGCUGGAAGCCAUGGAGAGGGCCAAGCUGAAAAGGAGAGAUGUCUUGGGAAGGCUGUUAGAUGGAGUGACAGAGGAUGAAAGGCUGGGCCGGGACAGCGAGAUGCACCGGGAGCAGAUGGAGCGGCUGGUGCGGGAGGAGCUGGAGCGCUGGGAGUCGGACGACACGGCCUCGCAGAUGAGCCACCGGCUGGGAACGCCCCUGGGGCUGGGCGGGCAGCCCCGCUCCAGGAGCUCCCGGCCGUCCUCCUCCCAGUCCGAUGGCCUGGAGGCAGCAGCAGCAAACGGGGGCAGCAACAUCCACGGGUAGUUCGUAGGGGAUUCCAGGCGUUUCGGGUCAGGAUUGGAGAAGAUGAAGAACUGGAUGCUGCACGUUUCGGUAUGAAGCAAGCAAAUGCCACUUUAUUGCUCUCUUCUAACCCUAAUAUGCAAUUUCUCUCCCCCUGCACAUGUCACACAACUUAUCAUUGGCAGAAGCCUUCUUGAAUGAGGCAAACUUUUUUUGUCAGACUUUUCUACUUUUCAUAGGCUUCAGAGUUCCUUGGCAUUCCCCUAUCACCUUUGUCUCACCCCUUGUUUUCUUGUUAGGCUGCAGCUGUUCUUCUUAUUAUUCUUUUUCGAGGGCAAACCUACAGGCCUGGCUCAGGCUCAUAAAAGCAUUCAUAUCCCUUUCCUGGGAUAUGUUCACUACAAUCUGUAUCACUACAUUGUUCACUACAUGUCCAUUUUUCCCUAAAAACAUUCCCAUAAGUAUUCAGCCAGCAAAUCCCCCAACGUGGGACCAUUCUCAUCAGACCACUGAGGAUAUCUUUCACUGGUAGGGAAAAAAUAUUCACUCCAGAAAUCAUUUUCAGGCCUUUGUAAGCUAUGUGUAAUGGUACCAGUGAGAGUGGCAGCCUUAGAAACUGAAAUGCAGGAAACUGAAUGGAAAUCAGGUGGGACAAAAUCCACCAGGACAGAAAUUUGAUUCUGUAAAAAUAUCAUUUGGAACACUUGCAUGAGGGCAGCAAGCUUCAGACAAAAUAAUGUGCAGUGGCUGGUACACUAAAAGGCUAUUAAUUUUCUGUUUCCUCUUGGAAAGUGCAACUUUUAAAGGCUUUUAAAAGCAAAUUUUUAAAUAAUAUUAUAUCAGUCUGUCUUAUUCAUUUUAAUAACUGUCAGAUAAAACAGCACUUUUUUAAAAGUUAUGAGUUUCUACUUGUCCUUCUGAGUUUUCUUGGUAUACUAUUGUCUUACGUAAUUUAAAAUAUUCUUUUUUUUUCCUGUUUUGAGAGGUACAUUUCUUUAAGCAGAAGAAAGUGCACUUAGUUUGUACAACUGUAAAUUACAUCAUUCUCUGCUAGAAACUGAAUGCAUUAAAAUCAUCAUUUCAGAAGAAAUAUUUGAGAACUGCCUCUUCACACCCAAGUAGCAUUUUCAGCUAUAUUGCAAAGUGCCCACUUUUUAAUGUGUUGUUUUCAUGAUUUAAUUGUUUCUGGGAUAAACAUUCUGGAGGUUUAAAUACAGCUAUUUUGCAGAAAAUACAUUAUUUAAAAGCACACAAAAUAGAAAAACACUAAGUUUUCCUUGGGUGUGACAGGGAAAGGGGUAGGGAAGUUUCUGACAGUUGGGAAAAUCUGAUCUUGUGCCAUGUGAAGUUCUAAUCACAUCUCAACUAUGUGAUCUGUAUUUACAUUUAACUAAACUGCUUGUAAAAUUAUUUGGUACAUUUCUACAUAGACUUUUCUGCUGUUGGUGCCUUCUGUUUCAGCAAGCAGUUCUCUCAUCGUUCUUAUGGGAGUGCUGUUUAGGCAAAGCUUCCAUGUCCCAUGUAUUCUUGCAAUGGCAUUUUCUGGAUGAGCACUGGCUCAGAAUGCCUUUCCUCUAACCAGGGAACUUGAUAAAACUGAAUGGAAUUCACGCCUUUCCAUUUUUUAUUUUAUGAGAAACCGUACGCACAGGAACCUUAUUAAUGUAAGGUGACAGAGGAGGAAAUUCAGCCUUGGAAUUUCAUAGUAGCUGUGUCUCUGGAACAGAAUUAUGGAGAAGAACAGGUUGUGUCCUUGUGUAGAUUAUUUUGUCCUGUACUGGGAAGAAAUUCAUACCCUGUCACAGGAUUCCUUGUGAACUUACCAAAACAGUGCACAGCACAGUGGGUAGGGCAUUUGUGUGGGAUGAGGGCAUUCAGAUUAAGCUCUCUCUUACCUUUAUUGAAGGGUUUUACACCUCAGAAGCCUUUCUGAGGAAAGCUUUUCAGUGCUGAGCUGCAUUUCUGACUGUAAACAAACAGACCAAAAAGAAACACCAGCUGUACACAUGACCAGCUGGUGUGCGAGGAAAAUAGAAAAAAAUUAUACCAAAGCAAUUUAAUAUACAGAGCCUUUUCUUUAUAUUCAUAUCCAAAAUGUGUUCUUCAAAAUGUAAAUUCAGUCACUCAGUUCACCUUUCUGUUGUAUUAUAUGUUUAUUAUGAAAGUGUUUGCAUUAGUAGCUGCAUUUGUUGGGAUGUAUUUCUGUAACGUGUCGUUACUUGAUAACAAACUUCAUCUUGAAGUGCAAUAAGUUUCCAUGGGGUACCCGUGUGUGUUGACAGUGGGCCUUGCAGUGAGUGCAUUGCCACUUGACAAAUGUUACAAACAUUUUAUUGAUGCAUUUUUCAGUUUUAGAUUAUAAUAUCAUUUGUCACGUAAUUCAAAGGUACAGUUUUUUGCAUAGUAAUGUACAGUGUUUGGUCUUGUUAGGAAGCUGUUAAUUAUGCAAGUCUUCUAAAAUGAUCAAGAAUGUAUUGAUCUGUAAAACUGAGCACUUUACUUCCUAAUAAAUAUUUUAUAUAAUCUACAAAGAAAACAUUGUGCCUACACUUGGUUUGUUUAUAAUGGAACAUGAAGAAUCCUUCAUUUCAUUUGUGUUGCUUUUAUCUCAUACCUCAUUGUCAGGUUACCUAACAAAGAAAGUAGAGCAAGAGAAA